UUACUCCUCCUCUCGCGCUCGGGGAUGACGUCGCACGGCGAGGUACUCUGACAUCAGGCUUCCUGUUCACCAUCUUUGUCCCUGGCAAAGUCGGUUUUGCGCAGUGGCUUAGAUCUGGAGGAGUCGUGACGUGCAGGAAACCAUUACAACACACUCGGGCCGUGCUCUCUGCCUGCCGCCGCCACCCCCGCCCUAGCCUCCGGUGCACAUUAAAGAUCCAAAACCAUGACUGACUCCAAGUACUUCACAACCAAUAAAAAAGGAGAAAUCUUUGAAUUAAAAGCUGAACUCAACAAUGAAAAGAAGGAAAAGAGAAAGGAGGCUGUGAAGAAAGUGAUUGCUGCUAUGACUGUGGGGAAGGAUGUUAGCUCUCUCUUCCCAGAUGUUGUGAAUUGUAUGCAGACUGACAACUUGGAACUAAAGAAGCUAGUGUAUCUCUACUUGAUGAACUAUGCCAAGAGUCAGCCAGACAUGGCUAUCAUGGCUGUCAACAGCUUUGUGAAGGACUGUGAAGAUCCCAAUCCUCUUAUUCGAGCCUUGGCAGUCAGAACCAUGGGGUGCAUCCGGGUGGACAAAAUCACAGAAUAUCUCUGUGAGCCUCUCCGCAAGUGCUUGAAGGAUGAAGACCCUUAUGUCCGGAAAACAGCAGCAGUCUGUGUGGCAAAACUCCAUGAUAUCAAUGCCCAAAUGGUGGAAGAUCAGGGAUUUCUGGAUUCUCUGCGGGAUCUCAUAGCAGAUUCAAAUCCAAUGGUGGUCGCUAAUGCUGUAGCAGCAUUGUCUGAAAUCAGUGAGUCUCACCCAAACAGCAACUUACUUGAUCUGAACCCACAGAACAUUAAUAAACUGCUGACAGCCCUGAAUGAGUGUACUGAAUGGGGCCAGAUUUUCAUCCUGGAUUGCCUGUCUAAUUACAAUCCUAAAGAUGAUCGGGAGGCUCAAAGCAUCUGUGAGCGGGUAACUCCCCGGCUAUCGCAUGCCAACUCAGCAGUGGUACUUUCAGCGGUAAAAGUUCUUAUGAAAUUUCUAGAGUUGUUACCCAAGGACUCUGACUACUACAAUAUGCUGCUGAAGAAGUUGGCCCCACCACUUGUCACUUUGCUGUCUGGGGAGCCAGAGGUGCAGUACGUUGCCCUGAGGAACAUCAAUCUAAUUGUCCAGAAAAGGCCUGAAAUCUUGAAACAGGAAAUCAAAGUCUUCUUUGUGAAGUACAAUGAUCCCAUCUAUGUUAAAUUAGAGAAGCUGGACAUCAUGAUUCGCUUGGCAUCGCAAGCCAACAUUGCUCAGGUUUUGGCAGAACUGAAGGAAUAUGCUACAGAGGUAGAUGUUGACUUUGUUCGCAAAGCCGUGAGGGCCAUUGGACGGUGUGCCAUCAAGGUGGAGCAAUCUGCAGAACGUUGUGUAAGCACAUUGCUUGAUCUCAUCCAGACCAAAGUAAAUUAUGUGGUCCAAGAGGCGAUUGUUGUCAUCAGGGACAUCUUCCGAAAAUACCCCAACAAGUAUGAAAGUAUCAUUGCCACCCUGUGUGAGAACUUAGAUUCACUGGAUGAGCCAGAUGCUCGUGCUGCUAUGAUUUGGAUCGUGGGAGAAUAUGCUGAAAGAAUUGAUAAUGCAGAUGAGUUACUAGAGAGCUUCCUGGAGGGUUUUCAUGAUGAAAGCACCCAAGUGCAGCUCACUCUACUUACUGCCAUAGUAAAGCUGUUUCUCAAGAAACCAUCAGAAACACAAGAACUGGUACAGCAGGUCUUGAGUUUGGCAACACAGGAUUCUGAUAAUCCUGACCUUCGAGAUCGAGGCUAUAUUUAUUGGCGCCUUCUCUCAACGGACCCUGUCACAGCCAAAGAAGUAGUCUUGUCUGAGAAGCCACUGAUCUCUGAGGAGACUGAUCUGAUUGAACCAACUCUGCUGGAUGAGCUAAUCUGCCACAUUGGUUCCUUGGCCUCUGUGUACCAUAAGCCUCCGAAUGCUUUUGUGGAAGGAAGUCAUGGAAUACAUCGCAAACACUUGCCAAUACAUCAUGGAAGCACUGAUGCAGGUGAUAGCCCUGUUGGCACCACCACUGCCACCAAUCUGGAACAGCCUCAGGUUAUCCCCUCUCAAGGUGACCUUCUGGGAGACCUUUUAAACCUUGACCUUGGUCCUCCUGUCAAUGUGCCACAGGUAUCCUCGAUGCAGAUGGGGGCAGUUGAUCUCUUGGGAGGAGGACUGGAUAGUCUGCUUGGCAGUGACCUUGGCGGGGGCAUUGGAGGAAGUCCGGCAGUGGGACAGUCCUUCAUCCCAUCAUCAGUGCCUGCAACAUUUGCUCCUUCACCUACUCCUGCUGUCGUCAGUAGUGGUCUGAAUGACCUAUUUGAACUCUCCACAGGGAUAGGCAUGGCACCUGGUGGAUAUGUGGCUCCUAAGGCUGUCUGGCUGCCUGCAGUAAAGGCUAAAGGCUUGGAGAUUUCAGGAACAUUUACUCACCGCCAAGGACACAUAUAUAUGGAAAUGAACUUCACCAACAAAGCUCUGCAGCACAUGACAGACUUCGCAAUUCAGUUUAACAAGAAUAGCUUUGGUGUCAUCCCCAGCACUCCUUUGGCCAUCCAUACCCCACUGAUGCCAAACCAGAGCAUUGAUGUCUCCCUGCCUCUCAAUACCUUGGGCCCUGUCAUGAAGAUGGAACCUCUGAAUAACUUGCAGGUGGCUGUUAAAAACAAUAUUGAUGUCUUCUACUUCAGCUGCCUCAUCCCACUGAAUGUGCUUUUUGUAGAAGAUGGCAAAAUGGAGCGCCAGGUCUUUCUUGCAACAUGGAAGGAUAUUCCCAAUGAAAAUGAACUUCAGUUUCAGAUUAAGGAAUGCCAUUUAAAUGCUGACACUGUUUCCAGCAAGCUGCAAAACAACAAUGUUUAUACUAUUGCCAAGAGAAAUGUGGAAGGGCAGGACAUGCUGUACCAAUCCCUGAAGCUCACUAAUGGCAUUUGGAUUUUGGCCGAGCUACGCAUCCAGCCAGGAAACCCCAAUUAUACGUUGUCGCUGAAGUGUAGAGCUCCUGAAGUCUCUCAGUACAUCUAUCAGGUCUACGACAGCAUUUUGAAAAACUAAUAAACUGGUCUGGUGCCCUCCGGCCACCCUGUGAUCCGGUGCAAGCCAAGAACUCUUAAACUGGAAGAAAUUGCAUUGCCAUGUAGAAUCUGAACCCAAACACACUGAGGCCACCCACCAAGGUAGUGACUAGUCUAACCUGUGCUAACAUUAGGGCACGAUCUGUUGGAUAGUUAUAGCUUCCUGUGAACAUUUGUAACCACUGCUUUAGUCACUUCCCACCUCUUGCCACCUGCUGCUAUCUGUCUUACUUGUGGGCUUCUCCAUACUGUGCCAACGACUGGCAUUUUUGAGUGUAGUUUGAUAUUUUGUAAUCGAAAGCUCAUUUCAAAAGCAGAAAAAGACAAAAAAUAUUAAAGCAAGGAAAAGUGUCACUGAAACCUAAACUGCACUUUAUUGUUUUAUAUUUUUGUACAUAUGAGAAAUUGAGAGUUGUGUAACUGGUAGAACGUGUUAGAACAACUGACUGUCAUUAAGCGCACAGUCCUGGAGGGCCAAGACAGCCACUUGGCCACCCUGGUAGGGCUUCUCUUGCAUAUGACAACCUGGACCCUUGUGGGUCAUGUGCGUUUUCACUUUUUUCUCUCCAAACCCCUUUUCCUUGUGACUCCCCUUACUCCAUCUCAUUUCACUGCUCUGCAGUUGGGAAUUAUAGUCUUCCUUGAGUGAUGUUUCAGGGUGCAGGAAAUUGGACCUGUCAGCACCAAAGCUGAGAAAAAUUGAAACUUACGACAUCCUUUCCUCCGAUCACCCGGUAACACACUGACUACGGAAUGUGAGUAGGCCCGAGGAGCAGGAGCCAGAAUGCCCUUCCUCUGCUCCUUCCCUGUAUUUAAUUUUCAGGUCCACUUCAGUUUUAGAGUUGAAACAGACUUUAGUAAUUAUCCAAUCCUGUUUUUCUAAAAAGGAAAAAGAUAAAAGGCAAAAAGAGUGUUACUGCCUGGGGCCUGUUUGCUAGCUGUUUAGUAGCAGUACUGGGGGACUGGGUCUCCUCUAAAUCCCUAUCAAUGAUGUUUUCACUGCAAGAGUCUCAUUAAUUUUCUUUUUCUCAAUACCGUUCUGCCUUUUCUGUACCUGCUUCUUUGUGGCUUUUCUCAUACUCCAUAUUGCUUUUGGCACUCCAUUCAUUGGCAUCGGGCGGGAGCAGAGUAGCUUUCAAUUACUUGAAGGUAAAUCCAGAUGCCAGAGUGAGGAGUAGCUAAUGUUUCCCCAUAUGCUCCUGGAGCUGCAGUUCUUGAGACCAGCAGGGUAGGUACAGAGAUGAAGUGAGCAUAGAGAUGUCACACAUUCACUUUACCCCUGCAGCUCUCUGAUCUGCUCUUUGCUUGUGUUACUUAGGCUCCAUGGCAAAUGAGAUUGCCUCAGAGGGUUAAGCAGUUCUUGUCUUCUGUGAAAAGACUGGGAGACGUGAAAUUCCCUCCCUUAAUGCACUGGGUGUGGUUUGUCAAAGAAUGCUUCAUGCCUAAAACACCAGGUAGUGUUCACACUGCUUCAUCUGUGGACACUUUUUUGCAUUGCCUGGCACCGGUAUUCAGGGUCCUGACCAACACUGCUCUUCUUGGAUGCCCCUGCUCAAAUCAGAGGCACUUCUGGGUCCAAAGCUUCAAGUUGGACUCAGACCUAAGAGUGAGUCCAAAAGGAGGAAUCACUAGAAAACAAGAUUAGAAACUAUUCCCCAUCCCUGUCAUGCCUGAAGUGACCCUCAUUCAUACCAGUCACAAAACUUGGGGUAGGAGGGGCUCCCCAAUGCAGUCUCUUAAACCUGGAGAAUCUCUAAGAGAAGAAUUUCUGGGGUAGGGGAAGGAAUUGUCCUUGCCGGUGGGUGGAGAAUAGGAAAUAGCACAGGAAUAUGGGAAGUGGGUAGGUUGACAGUUAUGUGGGGUGGAAAAUCAGGUUGAUAAUUUUCCCUUGUUGGGAACUCAUUCAUGGAGUCCCUUGGCUACAAGCAGUGAAGAAGGUUCACACUACAUACACAGUGUUCUCAUCUCAAAGCAAAUUGUAGUUCCAGGAGGAGUGUGUAUCAAGGCACGCAGACAACCCAAUUUGUACCAGAAUAUGUCCCUCUACCCCUGAAACUAGGCUUCUCUCAACCUUCCUCAGCAGUGACGGUAACAGCUGCUGCUCUCAGCUGAUUUGACUGAGCCAAUCCAUGAACUCUUCUCUCCUUGGAGAGGCUGCCUCCUGUUAUACCCCUAAGCAGUUAGGGAAGGAUUCUGUUUCACAGAAGAGGACCUCCCCUGAAGAGACAGACAGCCUCUUGUCUCCACCACAACUUCCCUUUUGGCCCUGGUCAGCAUAGCUGAAUUGGGAAACUUGUGGAGAUUGCCCUUGCAUUCCCCUCUCCUCUGCCUCAGUAUGUCUUUGUACCGUCAGCUGGUGUCAUACAAAGGGCAAGGGAAGCACGCACACACCCAGAACUCUUGCUGGUCAGAGAUUCCCUGAGUGUCUGUCCUCGCCCGAGCCUGUUCCGUGUGUCUGUGCUGUGAAGCGUGGGACUCUGGAGAGAAAUGGG